UUUUUCUUUAAUUUGGUUCUAUGAAAAAAGAAUUUGCAUAUAUUCUAAUAGUAACCUGAAAAUAAUUAUGUGGUUUGUGAUACUUUAAUAAAAACACUUUUUUCAAAAAAAAAAAAUCAUCACGUCAUUACCUAUCAUUACUUCGUUACUGCGGUAUUGUGGUGCCAUGGUUACUGGUUUUGGAUCACGCUGUACGCUUGUACGACUAUCAUCGGAGAAAAAAAUAUAUAAAAUAGGCAUACACAAUAAACUUUAAUAAUUCUUUACUUUUCAUUUUUUUCUAACUUCACUGUUAUUAAACUUAUCAUUAUUCAAUACGUUCAAUAACGUUCGAUAAUAUCAAAAUGCAAGAUACCGAGUAUACAAAUGAAUGGGUCAAUUGGAUUGAGGAAGCUGUUGAUAAAGAAUAUUUUAAAUAUUAUGAAUACCAGCAAUUUAAUAAUAUUCAACAUAUUGGUACCGGAGGUUUUGGAAAGGUAUAUCGUGCAAAUUGGAAAAAUUCAGAAAAAAAAUUUGCGUUAAAAUCUUUUUUUAGUCUUGAUAACAUCACCGUGAAAGAAAUCGUUCGUGAGUUAAAAAUUCAACGAGAAGUUGAUUUUCAUGAUAACAUUAUUCGUUGCUAUGGGAUAACAAAACUUGAGUCAGAUAAUCAUAAUAAUUAUUGGUUAGUAAUGGAAUACGCCGACGGUGGUAAUCUUCGAUGUUAUUUGAAGAAAAACUUUAGCAGACUUACUUGGGAUGACAAAUAUAAUAUGGCAUACCAGUUAUCUUGUGCCGUAUCAUGCUUACAUAAUGAAGGAAUAGUACAUCGAGAUUUGCAUUCCGGUAAUAUACUUGUCCGUAAUAAUACAAUCAAAUUAGCAGAUUUCAGAUUAUCAAAAAGAAUUGGAUCAUCGUCCAGUUCUCAAUCAAAAUUAUUUGGAAUGGUUCCUUAUGUCGAUCCAAAAAGCUUUAAUAGACGAAGAAAUAAUAACCAAUCAGCACAAUUGUACUCACUAAAUGAAAAGAGCGACGUUUACAGUGUUGGAGUAUUAUUGUGGGAAAUAUCUAGCGGCCAACCUCCUUUUUACAUUGAAGGUGAACAAUAUGAUGUUGGUUUAGCUUUGGAUAUUUCACAAGGUAUUAGAGAAACUAUUGUUCCUGAUACUCCUAAUGAAUAUAUUAAAAUUUAUACCAAAUGUUGGGAUAGAGAACCAGAUAAUCGACCAACAAUAUAUCAAGUAGUUGAUUGGCUAAAUUCCAUGAUUACAAAAGAAGAUGUAAUUAUAGAAAAUCAUCAAAUAUCAAAUGAACAAGAACUUAAUGAGACUUCUUUAAGUACUAAUAAUUCAGAAUUACAAGGAGAUUUAUCUCAACUUAUUCAAAAUUUUGAUAAAAUGGAUACAAAAGACAUUGAUUCUAUAUUAGUAUCAAGCAAGCAAGAAACUCUUUUAAUUGAAAAAGAUUUUAACAUAAUAGUUGAUGAAAUUUAUGAUUUUAUUUUUAAAUUAAAUAAUAAAGGACUU